AUCAAGCUAUGGCAGCAGGAGCGCUUUUGUUACUCGUUUUGUUCGCUGCAGCAAUGCACAACUCGAAUGUUGAGAAAACGUGUCAAAUAAAUACUUUGAAGAAAGCUCCGCUUGUUGUAACAACCAUCGGUUCCAAAACAUUACUCUCUGGUUAUUCCGACUUAAUAGAACGAAAUAAGAGCGAAGAAAUCGAUUUAUAUUGCGGCACUGGAUUCUUGUUCAAAAAUGAUGGUAAAAAUCAGUUUUUUUCUGACUACACAACGGAAACGUUGAGCUGCCAAAAAGAUGGAAGUUUUCUUUUCAAAAACCAUGAAGGAUUGAGAAUCGAUGGAGAUAAAAAAAGUGUGGAAUGUAUAAACGGAGUGGCUGCAUUGUUCGAAAGUAGGACCAGUUUGCCCAACUGCAAGGAGCACACGAGUUUCGUUUUGGGCCACGAUUUUCAGGAAAUGGGUUCAAUUAAAAGUGCGGCUUUGUGCUAUAAUAUCGCUGGAGCUCAACUGAAAUACAUAGCCUAUACGACGUAUCCCACAAAAAGCAGAGCCCUCGAAAUGUCGCAAGAAGGACAAUUAAAUAAACUUGGUUUCGAUAUAAAUGUGAACGCCAGCGAUCGCUUUUUUAAAAUAGCCAGUCAAGCUGAUGUGGACGCCUUUUGGGGCAAGGAAAAGCAGCUAACGCAGAUGUUCGGCACCGGGCCCUUCGAUUACGCCAGUUUGGUCCAGGACGAGGCACUGGGCGUCGAUUUGGCCGGCUACGAGGACAUGAUGAGCAUCGUCUGGCUGCACAACCUGCGCACCGGAAACUGGAGGCACUGGCUCGCGGCCCUGCGAUCGGCCAGUGAGUCCGGCGACCAGUUCGACAUCCGCCUCGGCGUCUCCGGACUGAUCGAGAUGCCGGAGAGCCCGGACAGCUGCGAUCUGGCCAUCGACCUGGCGGACGGCAGCGUCCUCCCGGUGCCCGCCCACAUUUGGGCCCAUGUGCAAGCCCUCCAACCAACUGGAACGCCCGAGGACGAGUUCGUCCUAGUCGGGCACAACUCCCCCUUUUUCCGAGGCGGAACUUCUGCGGACUUUUGCCCAUCAAUGUGCGAACAGGUGUCCUGGCUGAGGAACACCCUCUUCGGCAGGCUCCAUCGGUAUCCAAUCAAUGGCCUAAUGCUGUGCUGCCGUGUGGAGGAUGUGGCCCAGAAGUUGGAUUCCUUUUACGGCUCAAGAUCUGGAGUGCUAGCAACAGCCACCACUACCGAUAAAUAACUAUGUAAACAAUAUAAGCGGAAUAAUUAAUUAAAUUGCACCUCCACAAACGAAUAACUAUGUGAACAUUUAAAAUCAAAUAACUAAUAAAUGAAGGAAAAACA